AUGGCAGAGGCAGAGAUGAGUUCUGCGUCGAGGAGGAUUCUGGCUGUGGCGCUGGAGGGUGAGACGGCUGUUAUGUCGAGUGUGGUUAAAGACCUCACUGGAUCAUCCCCUUCACCAUCAGCAGAUCCCUCACUCUCACUCGCGGGAACAACACACUCCCUCCAUCUCAAAACACCUUACUACACCACCACAGUCCCCAUCUGGCUCGAUCUCAUCUCUUCACCCUCUGAAUGGUCCUCGUCCUUCCUCUCCCCUGAAGCCGUUGAAGUCCUUGCCGUCCUCGGAGGAGUCGUGGUCAUCUUCACCGCCGGCCCCGUCUCUACGGAAAAGGAGCAUCCCGGCCGGGGUCUCAUUGAGCAUGUUGGCAAGGUGCUUAAACAGGGACUGGGAGGAUGGGACUGGGAUGGUGUCGGUUUGGCUGUUGGCGUAGGAGGCGAUGGAAGUGAGGAAGAUUGGGAUGAGAUUUGCGCUGAGGCUGGACUGGAGUUUGUGUCUGUUGGUGGUAAGGGCGAUACGGGUCGCAAUGAGUUUGGAGAAAAGACGGGCAUCGCACGUGUCAAAGAGGCACUCGAGGCAAAUGACUGGUCUCAGCUCGAAGUACCACUAUCAGACUCCGACUUUGGAGACUUUGAGACAAGUUCCGCCAAAGCCCACGACGAUGAUCACGACGACGAGCUGGACCCGCAAAAGAUGGGCUUCGGAUUCGACAGGUCUGACUUUGAAGGCCUGCGCCGUGCCAUCUGGGAGGCUGGGCAGGACAUCGAAGAGCCCUUGGGAUCGAGCAAAGAGGCUGACAAGAAGGACAAGUCUUCAGAAGAGGCAGCCGCUAGAGGAGGUUUCGAGGAUCUCGAUGAUGAAGACAUUGCCAAGGUUGAAAAGAUGAUGAGAAAACUGCAGGCUGUGAGAGAGGCGGGAGAAGGGAUGGGAGAGGAGCAGAGGAAGAGGAUGGCGGCGAGAGCUGUCGAGGAAGUGAUGAAGGAGCUGUGA